GAAAAUUGUGAAAGAUGUAUCCCACAAGUUGAGCCUAAGGUUCCCUGUUGAACUAAAAGUACAAGACCUUGUUGAAAUUGAAAAGCACUGUGAAGAAGUCAAAUUGUUGCUGUCAGAAGAUCAAAAACAUCAGUUACAACAAAAUGUUCAAGUAAUUGGAAUUUGGGGCAUGGGCGGGAUUGGAAAGACAACUAUUGCCAAAGCCUUGUUUUCUCAACUCUUUCCGCAAUAUGAUGCUGUCUGCUUCUUAGCAAAUGUUAGAGAGGAAGCAAAAAGGCUUGGACUAACCUCUUUAUGUGAUAAGCUUCUUUCUGAGCUGCUCAAGGAUGAACAUCAUAAAGAUAAUCCUGCAGGAUCCACAUUCAUUCUGAGGAGGCUCAGCAAUAAAAGAGUUUUGAUUGUACUCGAUGAUAUGGAUAGUUUAGAUCAAGUAGAUAUUUUGUUUAGAGAACAAUGUAACUUUGUAGGCCCAGAUAGUAAAGUUAUUAUAACAACAAGAAAUAGGCAUUUGCUUACCGGAAGAGUUGAUAAGAUAUACGAGGUUGGGAUAUGGAACUUUGUCGAAUCUCUAGAACUUUUUUGCUUACAUGCCUUCAAGGAAAGACAUCCUAAUAAGGGAUAUGAAGAUCUCUCAGAAAGGGCCGUGAAAUAUGCAGGGGGAGUUCCAUUAGCUUUAAAAGUUUUGGGUUCUAAUCUUCAUUGUAGAAGUACAGAAUUUUGGGAAUGUGAAUUGAGUAAACUCAUGAAUUGUCCCAAUGACAGAAUUCAAAAUGUAUUACAAGUGAGCUAUGAUGAAUUAGACAACCUAGAGAAGAAAAUAUUUCUGGACAUUGCAUUCUUUUUCAAAGGUGAAGACAAAGAUUAUGUCGUAAGAAUACUAGAUGCCUGUGGCUUCUAUGCUACCAGUGGAGUAAAGGUCCUUGAAGACAAAGCUCUUAUAACUAUUUCAUAUUCUGGGACGAUACAAAUGCAUGACUUGAUACAGGAAAUGGGCUUGAACAUAGUUCGUGGGGGCAUUGAAGAUCCAGGAAAACGUAGUCGAUUGAGAGAUAUAGAAGAAAUUUCUGAUGUACUUGAAAAUAAAAAGGGGAGUAAUGUAAUUGAAGGGAUAAAAUUAGAUUUGUCUGAGAUUGAGGAUUUGCACUUGAAAACUAACACAUUGAAUUUGAUGACUAAUUUAAGAAUUCUUAGAUUAUAUGUACCUUCGGGUAAGAGAUCAGGAAAUGUGCACUAUUCUGGCGUCCUUAAUAAUUUGUCUGGUAAAUUGAGGUACCUUGAGUGGAAUGGAUGCUUUUUGAAGUCUUUUCCAGUAACCUUUUGUGCUAAGAUGCUUGUUGAGGUUUGCAUGCCACACUUAGCAACUUGUGUUCUAGCAGGAAAGCCGGAAAUCUCUUCUCCGUUCUCCACCUCUUUCGAGCUCUUUCUUCUCCAUUUUCUCUUCCUGGAAGCUCAGAUUCUUCACCGAGGAUUUGUGAAGUUUUUGAACUUGGAUAAGUUGCUGGCGAGUCUCGCGCUGAGCGCGGUUCUUCGCGCCGGGCGCGAGACCACCUGGGGGCUCCUUUUUGACAAGCCCGCUGGGCGCAAAGAUCCGCUGAGCGGUGCUGAUAUUACUGAGUUGCUGUGGUGUAGUAUAAUCUGUGCGGGUGUGUUGAUAGCUGUAGAUGUUUCUAUUCAUAUAUUUUUAUAUAGCAGGGAUAGGUCGGUGGCUGGUAGUUGGGCUGUAGCUGGCAUUUGGAGCUAA